ACUCCUCCCUCCCUCUGUGUGACGCGCAGAGGGGAACAAGAGGAACAAGACCUCUGUGAGAGAGAGAAAGAAAAGGGGAGACACAGGAAAGGAUAAAGGGGGGAGAGAGGAAGAUAUUGUAGUGAGGUGAAGAGGCGUGCCAGUAAUCAAGGAUUUUGGAUGAGGGCGCGCGUCUCGGAGAACACAUGGGGACUCACCGGAUCAAUUACGCAGCGUCACGGAGCGGCCGUGAGAGAAGAGGGGCUUCCUGAGGUGCUGCUCCUGCUGCUUCUGUUGCCUGUUCUACGCCGUCCUGUCCUGAAUGAGCUCGGACACUGAAUCUUGUGCGGGACAAAGUCAAAGUUCAGACGGAUAUACAACUCGCAGAAAGACGGGAUCUUUCGCUAAGAUGCAGGGUCUGAGUUCCCGGGCUCACGCGUUUUCGGUGGAGGCGCUGGUCGGGAAACCGUGCAAGAGGAUGAAAGUGUCGGAGGGACACGAGUCAAGUUCAGCUGCAGGCACCGGCAGCGACACGAGCAUCAUCACCGGCCUCAACGAAUAUCCGGUCAGCCAGAUGAAGAAAGCAGGUUCAACGCCGAGGAGGACGGAGGUCACUUCCUGUGACCCGGAGAGACAGACUGUCAGAUCCAGGGCUGAAGAGGCUGACACCAGCGGAGAGGAGAGCAAGCCGAAGGAGAGCGACUGCCGCCCGGAUAGAGAAGUCCGAGUGGAGCUGCAGGGCUCAGAGCUGUGGAAGAGAUUCUAUGAGAUCGGCACCGAGAUGAUCAUCACUAAAGCCGGCAGGAGGAUGUUUCCUUCUGUACGCGUAAAAGUGCGCAAUCUGGAUCCGUGCCAGCAGUACUACAUCGCGAUGGACGUCAUGCCCGUGGACUCAAAACGCUACAGGUAUGUGUACCACAGCUCGCAGUGGAUGGUGGCUGGAAACACGGAUCACUCCUGCAUCUCUCCCAGGCUCUACGUGCACCCGGACUCGCCGUGCGCUGGAGAGACGUGGAUGCGUCAGGUCAUCAGCUUUGAUCGAGUCAAACUCACCAACAACGAGAUGGACGAUAAGGGACAUAUCAUCCUUCAGUCGAUGCACAAAUACAAGCCACGUGUGCACAUCAUCCGGCACGACCCUCGCAUGGACUUGUCACAGAUCCAGUCGCUGCCUGCUGAAGGAGUGCACAGCUUCUCCUUCCCAGAAACGGAGUUCACCACGGUCACAGCAUAUCAGAAUCAGCAGAUCACCAAACUAAAGAUUGACAGGAACCCGUUCGCCAAGGGCUUCAGAGAUCCAGGAAGGAAUAGGGGAGUGUUGGAUGGUUUGUUGGAGUCAUAUCCCUGGAGAGGCCCUCUCAGCUUAGACUUCAAGCCAUUUGCCAUACAGCUCCAAGGGAGCUCAGGGUCGCCGACCAGCAGUGUGAAGAGCCUCCUCCCUCUCUCCUCUUCCUCAUCCCUUCACCCGUUUUCCACGUUCGCCUGCCAGGACGCUGCUCUCCACACCCUCGCUCUUCCUCUCUACGGCAAAGCCUCCUCCAGCUCGUCCAGCUCGCCGCUGUCCAGCAGAGGCAUCUCCUCCCUGGGGGCAGACAGACUGCGAGGGCUGCCUCCGCUCUCUCCGCUGACAGACCUUCCACUUCUCUCAGCGCUGCAGGCAAAGAAAACUCCCCAUUGUAGGGAUCCAUGUCUUCACGGGUCUCCGGGGAGCUCCCGCUGCCUCUUCCCCUUCCACAGCCCCCUCAGCCCUCAGGGGCCUUCUCUCCUCCCUAAUCUCUCUGACACUGCAGGCCCCUACUGUCUUUACCGCUACAGCUUCCCCCUCAACCCCCAACUCACAGCUAUUUCCCGUCACACCAAACUAGCCGAAGACACCACAGACUGUCUACUGCGUCAGUCUCCGUGGUACCCGACCACCAACCACUGCCUCUGACAGCUGGACCGCACUUUCAGGCUCCGGCCCAUUGAGUGUAAUAAGCCAAAGUUUAUUGCAACAAAACAGAGAGGGCUCAAAGGAGCAAUAAAGACUGAGAACUAUGGCUGGAGGAGACGUUUUUGUAUUUAAAAACUGUUUUGUACACUGUGUUGGAUUUACCAGCACACAAACUGAUCCAGAAAAAGAUCACAAGACGCUCCUCUUCACCGUGCACACUCAACUAGAGCCAAAAAGUACCAGCAUUGGAGUGAACAGACAUGUAGACAGGAUGUAGAUCUUUAUUUGGGACAGUUUACGCCUUAACUACUACUUAACUACGGUGUUACCACCAAAGAGCAUCAGCAAUAGGACCUGAGGUAUGUAAUAUAAAUAUUAAUGAACAUGAGAAUGACUGUUAAACUGACCUUAAGUGCCCAUUAAAGUAUUUUUCAUAUUUUUGUGCCGCUCAUACACCAGCAAAAUGUUCUUUUUCCACACACACACACACACACACACACAUGCACACACACACACAGUGUGUAUAAACAAGAUGAAAGA